CUCUCUUGUACGCCUCAACCAUGCUGCGCUCUGCUCAGUGGCAGCUUCGGAGACCUCGGAACUUCAUCCCUUUACUAUCGUCUCAAGCUUAUCGCCGAGGAUAUGCUGUGGCUACAGAGCUGUCAAGCUUUCCCAAGGUUGGAGAGCAGCUCCAUGGCUUCACACUCAAGCGCGUGAAAGAGGUCCCGGAGCUUGAAUUGACAGCUCUUCAGCUUCAGCAUGACAAAACGGGAGCUGACUACCUACAUAUCGCCCGAGACGAUUCAAACAAUGUCUUCUCCAUUGGAUUUAAAACCAAUCCACCAGAUGAUACCGGAGUCCCGCACAUCCUGGAACAUACAACGUUAUGUGGCAGCGAAAAAUAUCCCGUCCGGGAUCCAUUCUUCAAAAUGCUUCCUCGAUCCCUCUCCAACUUCAUGAAUGCAUUCACCUCCGCAGAUCACACUACCUACCCGUUCGCCACGACCAACGCCCAGGAUUUCCGAAAUCUCAUGUCUGUAUAUCUCGAUGCUACCCUGCAUCCACUUCUAAACGAAAGCGAUUUCACCCAGGAAGGAUGGCGCAUAGGCCCGGAGAAUCCGCUUGCAGCACACGGUGCGGAGGCGGAGAAUGCGGGCCGUCUUGUCUUCAAGGGUGUAGUCUACAAUGAAAUGAAGGGGCAGAUGUCAGACGCUAGCUAUCUGUUUUACAUCAGAUUCCAGGACCACCUUUUUCCAGCUAUCAACAACUCGGGAGGUGAUCCGCAGAAGAUUACGGACCUCACUUGGGAGCAGCUUCGGAAGUUUCAUGGGGAUCACUAUCAUCCAAGUAAUGCAAAGCUGUUGACGUAUGGGGACAUGCCGUUAGUGGAGCACUUAAAGGAGAUCGAUGCCCGGUUGAGCUGCUUUGACAGAAUUUCUGUCGACCACGAUAUCAAAAUGCCAAUCACACUAGAUGGCCCCAAAGAGGUGACAGACUUAGGCCCACUAGACCCUCUAGUCCCUCCAGAUCGGCAAUACAAGACUUCGGUGACUUGGCUGAUGGGAGAUACAUCAGACGUUGUGGAGAACUUCUCGCUCGGAAUUCUGAGUAACCUUCUUCUGGACGGGUAUGGAUCACCUCUUUACCGCAACCUCAUUGAAUCUGGACUAGGUGCAGAUUUCAGCCCGAACACAGGAUACGACAGUGCAGGAAAGGUAGGUGUGUUCUCGGUGGGUCUGAAUGCUGUUACGAAAGAGGAUGUGCCGAAGGUUCGAGAGGCAAUUGUAAAGACUCUUCUUGAGGCCAGAGAGAGUGGAUUCGACAAAAUCAAAGUCAGCGGCAUUCUUCACCAACUGGAGCUCUCUUUGAAGCAUAAGACAGCAAAUUUCGGGAUGAGCAUCAUGCAGAGACUGAAGCCGGGCUGGUUCAAUGGUGUCGAUCCAAUGGACGCGCUGGCUUGGCAAGACACCGUGAACGCAUUUCAGAGCAGAUACGCAAAGGGCGACUAUCUAGAAAGUCUUCUGGAUAAAUAUCUUCUGAACGACAGGACCUUGACUUUCACCAUGCAGCCGUCCGAGACAUACAGUCAAGAGCUGGCAGACGAGGAGAACAAGAGGUUAGCCGAGAAGAUCCUACAGGCCACAAGACAUUUCCCGAGUGAAAAUGAAGCCCAAGCGUACCUCGAAAAGCGGGAGUUAGAGCUUCUAGAAGUUCAAGAGAAGGCUCGAAAUCAAGAUCUUAGCUGUCUCCCAACCGUCCAUGUCAGGGAUAUCCCGCGGGAAAAGGAAAGGAAGCCACUUCGACACAGCAACAUUGGGGACGUAAAUGUUCAGUGGCGGGAAGCCCACACGAAUGGAUUGACCUACUUCCGUGCUGUUCACAACCUCCACAACUUGCCUGACGAACUUAGAGAGAUGAUCCCUCUAUUUACAAGUGCCAUCCAGCGACUCGGGACUCGGACUAAGACAAUGGAACAGUUAGAAGAACUCAUUAAACUCAAGACUGGCGGGAUCUCGGUGGGCUAUCAUUCGUCGCCCUCUCCUCAUUCACUCAGCGCGUUCAGGGAAGGCCUCUCUUUUUCGGGAUUCGCGCUUGACCGCAACGUUCCUGACAUGUAUGAGUUGCUCCGUACGAUCAUCACGGAGACAGAUUUCGAUGGGCCAGAGGCGGAGAAGAAGAUUCGAGAGCUGCUUCAGAGUUCCGCAAGUGGCGCCAUCAACUCGAUCGCCGAAUCCGGUCAUGUUUUUGCAAGGACAUUUGCAGAAGCUGGCCUAACUCCUGUUGGCCGAUUGAGCGAACAGACUUCCGGUCUGACCCAGGUCAAGCUCAUGACGGGCUUGGCUUCUCGCACUCCUUCGGAAUCGCUUGCCGACGUCAUCCAAAAGUUGAAAGCUAUUCAGUCUUUCGCUAUUGCGAACAGUAAGAACCUCCGCGUGGCCUUGAAUUGUGGUCAUGAAAGCUCAACCUCGAAUCAAGAAGCGUUGAGUCGCUUCCUCGGUAGUCUGCCUACGAGCACUACGAACCCUUCAUCCACCUCGCCGGAAACAAAGUAUCCUCGGAACUCAAAAUCGUUCUUCCCUCUGCCCUACCAAGUGUAUUACUCCGCUAAAGCUGUUCCUACAGUCCCCUACGUUGAUGCAUCUGGAGCCCCACUUGAGAUCCUCGCCCAGCUCCUCACGCACAAACACCUGCAUCACGAGAUCCGCGAAAAAGGCGGCGCUUACGGCGGUGGUGCCUACUCCCGCUCUUUGGGUGGUCUGUUUGGAAUGUACAGCUACCGCGAUCCCAAUCCUCAGAACACCAUGAAGAUAAUGAGUAAAGCGGGGCAAUGGGCACGAGACCGCAUCUGGACGGCGCAGGAUCUAGAAGAAGCCAAACUCAGUGUCUUUCAAGGCUACGAUGCUCCACAGAGCCUCAACCAGGAAGGCAUGAGGCUGUUUCUCUCCGGCAUCACCGACGAUAUGCUGCAAACGAGGCGGGAGCGUCUGUUGGAUGUCACUGCAGAAGAUGUCCAGAGGGUCGCAGACCGGCACCUCGUUCAGCGCGCUGCGGAAAGUAGUGUAGCCAUUCUUGGCGAGAAGAAAGAUUGGGUGGAUGUCAAAAACGGUUGGGAUGUCCGCGAUCUAGGUAUGACAGAAAAGAUGGAAGGGCUAGCUCAGCAAUUGCCGGAGGAGAUGGCGGCGCAACCUUGAGCAUUUAGUCCUCUUUCGUCUUCUGAGAGGAACAUCUUGUAAGUCCUUGUAAACUACUCAACUCUGGCAUCGUUAGCAUCUACGUAUGGGAAAACACUUUUGGUAGGGAUGAAUAAAUUCCAUCCCUUUCUCUCUUCCCUCUCUUUCAAACUUCUUCCUUUGUCAUCCC